AUGGGUAAAAGGAACUUCAGAAAAAAUAAAGGAGGAAACAACAAAAAGAACUUUGGAAAGCGUUCGGAAGUCCAUGACAGAGAAUCAUCGUGGACUGAAGCUGUGAGGGAGAGUGAGAAAUGGGAAACGUACUACAAGGCUAUGAACAUCAUUCCAGAGGAAGAAUGGGAUACUUUCAAGAAGCAUUGUCAAGAGAACUUGCCAUUGACAUUUAGAAUCACCGGAUCGAGGGCACAUGCAAACGAAAUCAAAGAAAACUUCAUCCAGAAUCACGUUUCCAAGUUGCAAGAUGCUGAGUUUGAAGGGGUCAAGUUAACCCCAAGGAACUUAUCGUACUACCCAAAUGAGCUUGGAUGGCAAAUAGAUGUCUCUAAGGCAGUAAUUAGAAAGAACGAAGAGUUUGCGAAGACGCAACGUUUCUUGGUUAUCGAAACUGAAGUUGGAAACAUUUCCAGACAGGAAGCGGUUUCGAUGAUUCCACCAUUAUUGAUGGACAUUAAGCCACACCACGCUGUUUUUGACAUGUGUGCUGCACCAGGUUCCAAGACCGCUCAAAUGGUGGAGGCAUUACAUGCUGAUGAUGAUAACAAGUUAGCUACUGGAUUUGUCUUGGCCAAUGACUCCGAUUAUAAGAGAUCGCAUAUGUUGGUCCAUCAAGUGAAACGUUUGAAUUCUCCAAACUUUAUGGUUGUGAACCACGAUGCACAAUUGUUCCCAAGAAUCAGAUUAAACAAUGCUAGCGAAUACUUGAAAUUCGACAGAAUCUUGUGUGACGUUCCAUGUUCCGGGGAUGGUACUAUGAGAAAGAAUGUUAACGUAUGGAAAGAUUUCACUGUUGGAAAUGCAUUAGGUUUACAUUCAUUACAAAUAAAUAUAUUAAACAGAGGAUUGCAGUUGUUGAGGAAGGGUGGUAGAUUGGUGUACUCAACCUGUUCUUUAUCUCCAGUUGAAAACGAGGCUGUAGUUGCGGCUGCGCUAAGAAAAUGGGGAAACCAAAUCAAGUUAGUCAACUGUGAUAAUGAAUUACCUGGUUUGGUCAGACGUAAUGGUGUGAGUGACUGGAAGGUUUACGGCAAAGAUAUGCAAGUUAGAGAAAAAGGUGCUGAAGAUGUUGCUGAUACUGUUUUCCCUCCAACUCAAGAAGAAGCUGAUACAUUUAGUUUAGAAAAUUGUAUUAGAGUUUACCCACAUUUACAAAACACUGGUGGAUUCUUCAUUGCUGUUCUUGAAAAGACAGAUCCAGAAGGUGCGAAGAGAAUAGCUGAAGAUGAGAAAGAUGAAGGUUCUAAAAAACAAAAGAUUGAUGAGCAAUCCAAUACAGUGGAAACUACUGAUAAACCACAACCACAAAGAAGGGAAAAAUUACCAAGGGAUGCAAACGAAGAACCAUUCAUUUUCUUAGAUCCUGACCAUCCUCAAUUAGCUAAAUGUUGGCCAUUCUAUGAUUUCAAGGAAAGCUUCCCUCGUGAUUCUACAUUGGUUAGAAAUGCAACCGGUGAGCCAUUGAGAACUAUUUACUACGUUUCGUCUAUAUUGAAAGACAUUUUGACUAUUGAAGAACAGAAAUUGAAGGUCAUUCAUGCUGGUAUCAAGUUAUUUGUCUCCCAGAGAAAUGAUACAGGUAAUUGUCCUUGGAGAGUGCAAAACGAAUCAUUGCAUACUAUUAAAUCAUUCUUGGGUGAUAAGAGACAUUUGACUUGUAAUUUGAAAUUAUUAGAGUUAUUAUUCCAAGAAGCUUUCCCAAAAAUUCAAGCUAUAAAAGAAUUAGCUAUAGAUCCCGAAUUUUCAUCUAGAUUAGAUGAAAUGGAAGAAGGUUGUGUUUUCUUGACUGUUAAGAGAGAAGGUGAUAACUUAGAAGAUUUAUUCUUACCAUUAUGGAAGGGUAAAACUAACGUCAACUUAAUGGUCAAUAAGAAAGAUACCCACGAAUUACUUUAUAGAGUUUUCGGUAUCGAGACUACUGCAAAGGAUGCCGGGAAAGAAGCCAUUUACCAAAAGAACCUUGAAGCCGUUAGAAAAGUUCGUGAUUCUACUGAGCCAGAGUCCGGAGUAACCACUGAACUUGAAUCAAGUGCCCCUCCAGCAGAAUCUGAAUCUGAAUCUGCUUCUAAAACUAAUGUUUAA